CACAGUGAAAUUCAUUCAGAAAACUUCAUUCAUAAAAAACUGCAGCCUUCUCUUUCUCUCAUUUUUCUUUAAGAAACAGAAAUAAACGACCAUGACCUGGCUGGUGAAGAAAAUCUGCAGAUGCCUUAAAGGCUUCCAAGAGAUAUUUCUGUAGGCGAUCGUGAAUCUGAUGCUCUGAAAUAAAAUCAUGCUGGAUCAUAAAAUCUGCUGGAAGCGUCUGGGAUAUUUCAGCGUCCGGGGAUCUCUCAAGAACUGACAAGGCUUCUGUUGCGAACAACUGAACUUCGUCUGCAACAUUUUCUUUUUUUUAAUUCUGGGGAAUAAAUAAUUCGAAUGCAAAUUAUUUUCCCCGGCUGACCUACUCGACAUUUGAAUGCUAAGCACAAGGCUAGUGAAAACUCCUUUCGUUAGGAAGAGAAGCGAUUUAAGCUCUUGUGAUAUUUUUUUUUUUGGUAUGAAAUAGUGUGUGUGUCUUCCUGCUGUGUAUGUGUGUGCGUGUUUACUGCAGUCAAGGUUUUACUAUUAGUGAUCCAGACAGUGAGCGUUCGAAAGCCGAGGGCGAUUUUAAAGGUUGCUUUGCUUGCAAAUGUGGUGAUGAAGAACGGCUCUUUUCCUUUGAAACAGCUGGUAGCUUUCUUCACUUUUACCUGCAUGUAUGUGUGUGGCUGAAAUGUCUCAUUGAGAUUUAAUUCCCCCCCCCCAAAAAAAGCCAGAUGUCCAGACAAAACGAAGCCGGGUUCAUCAAGAAGAAGAAACCACUGGGAAAGCAGCCGAGAGCCCCACCGACAGCCACCACCAAACCCUCUGUCUUGUUUUUUGUUUUCAAAAUCGUCCUGGCUUGUUUGAUUCCAUAUUACUUUCUGUCGUUUUUGAAAAGGCAGCCGGUUUAAGCCAACAGGGACCUGGGGUUUGUUUGUGGGGCUUCUGAACUUCGAAGGCUAUGAGAGAACGCAUUCCACACGGCUUCAGUGGACACAUACUGAAUGUAGAACUGUUGGGAGACCCAGGAAUGCUUCACAGGGCAAAGUACAGUCGUUUUAGGAACGAGACCCUUGCCUCGUUCGAGGAAGAUGCGCAGGGUGGACCGCUGCAUCUUAAGGGUUCUCCAUCUUCUCAUUCCUCAAUGCCGAACAUGCCCGCCGACAGUGUUGCCAUAGGGACGCCAGACAGCCCGGUUGCUCUGUGCACCUUGAUACCUCGCAUGGCUAACCUGAAGUUGGCCAACCCUUCCACCUUGCCGAGCUUGAAGAACUUCUGCCUACGGACUAAGGAGGUGCCCAGAAUCAAACUGACAGAAUGUGCCACGGUUCCUAGCAGCCCGACCUCCCCAGAAAUCAGCCUGACCUCUUGUCUGUCGUCAUCUUAUCCCCGGGGAGAACUGGACAAACCGCUGAAGGCCAGCUCAAACACCCAAGAGGAAAAUGUUUUGCUGGGGGCAGAGGAAUCCGGUUUGUUGACCAAACAAGGCAAAGACCUCGGCUGCAAGGAAGGUUUGGAGUCUGGAAUCUCCUACAGCAUCCGAUACAUGGGAUGUAUUGAAGUGUUGCAGUCAAUGAGGUCUCUGGAUUUUGGCACCAGGACUCAAGUUACAAGGGAAGCGAUAAGUCGGCUGUGCGAAGCUGUACCUGGAACACACGGGACCAUCAAAAGGCGGAAGCCUCCGGCUAAAUUUCUGUCUCCAGUGCUUGGUAAAAGUAACCUUCAGUUCUCCGGCGUUCAUAUAAAACUGACCAUCUCAACAAGCAGUCUGACUCUAAUGAACAUUGAAACCCAACAGAUUAUCGCAAACCACCACAUGCAGUCCAUUUCUUUCGCCUCUGGGGGAGAUCCUGUAAGUACAUAAAGAAUGUGUUCUGUCUAAACAGGCUCACUAAAUGAUAUUGCUUCACUGAAGACCGCAUUUCCAAGCUAGCUUGCUUUCUGUAUUCCUGAGUGUCCCUGAAUGAAGGAGUGCACUGGAAGAGGGCACAUGUGUUUGGUUUGUGCAAGUUGCUUAGUGUGGUCCCUGGCAUCUUCAGUCAAAAAACUCUCCAAAACACCACAUGAAAUUGCCUUAUACUUAUACUUAUUUCCUCAAGGUCACUAUUGCUAAUUCAGACGCAGCAGCCUUUCAGAAUCUCAGGCAGAGAAGAAGAGUUUGGAUUGAUACUCUGA